AUGAGUUUUGAAAUGCAAACAAUGACCAAUUUCAAUUUUAAUAUUUUACCAAAUAUAGGUGCUAGAAUAAAAAAUAUAGGUAUUUGGAAAUAUGCACUCUGUGAAGAAUAUAUUCGACGUCUAUUUACUUAUAGUCUAUCUUAUAUAGCAGUUGAUUAUAAACAAUUAAAAGAAUAUCGGCAACAAGUAAAUACAUUUAGAUUUAGUAAAAAUCAACAACAAUUCGAAAAUGAAUUACUUGUUCCAUUCAAUGAACCGUUUGAAGAGAAUCUAUGGGAAAAAAAGAAAAAAGAAAUUGAUAUUGACGAAUUGAAAUAUUUUAAAAAUAUUGAUGAAACUAACGAAUCAACUAUACAAUUAUUUGAUAAUAAAACUUAUCUUGUUCUUUUGAAAUCCAUUGAAGAAUGGUUCGAAUAUACACUAAUUCUCGAUGUUUCUAUACCUAAUUUGCCGGCAACAAAUGAACAUUUAACAAUUUUCUCAAUGAAUUCAGAAUCUGGAAUUUAUAUUACACAUAGUGGUCAAAUUUGUCUAUUCAAUGAUGGAAAAUUAAAUCAAAGUAAAACCAUAUUGAAAUUAAACGAAUAUAUGCGUUUACUUAUAAUUGUUCAAAAGAAAUAUAUUGAUAUUUAUUUAAAUGGAAUAUUGCAGAUACGUUUCAAUAUUGAUAAUGAUCAAUUUGUACUAAAAACAGAUUUACUCAUGAAUACUACAAAUGAUGAUAUAGUUCGAAUUGAAUCUAAAUCAAUUACAUUUCUAAAUCGAUUAAUAGAAUCCGAAAGAAUUACUAAACAAAUGAAAUCAUCAAACUAUUCAUUAGUACCAUUGAUUGCACCACCGUUUUUGAUUGAUUGCAUCAAAUUUAAUUGCAAUUGGUUACAAAGACGAAUGGAUAAAAUUAGCCAUGAAAAAGUAUAA